AUGCCGCGAAUACUGCUCUCCGCUGCUCAUGUUUCAACUUUGGUGCUGAAUGAUCUGGGCAUGGAUUACAGUAAGCCGAAGGGUGCCGCUCAGUUGCCAUUGCCCGGGCCCUUCCUCGCCACACCAGAGCGAAUUGAUCGGCUCCAAAGUACGGAUGUAGAUGGCAUGAAAGAUAGCUAUGUGGCCAAAUGCAAGGCAAGCAGCACCAAGCCGUUUUGCAACGACGAGAGGAGCAAGGGAUCGUCAUCGACGUCGACUUCAUAA